GCAGGUAAGGAGCAACACAUCUAAAGCGAGAAUAAACAAGACCAAGGGUUUCUGGGAGAGAAACCCAAUGGUUUCAACCUAUCGUUACCUUGAUCUCCUCCGGUCAGACCCAUCUUUGGGUUUUGGUCACCCCAUCGCAUUACCCAUCGCGGGGUUUAAUCACCCGAUCCUUUCUAUCAGAUAUGGAUGCCCAUUGUCUGGGUACCUAGUCCCGUCUGCCUCACUCACUUGGGAUGAACGACCACCUACAACGCCUCUGAGGCUAAGGCAGCAGGCAUGCGUGUCUGAAUAUCUGGGUGGCUACAGUGACAUUGGCCCUCGUAUCUUUUGGCUUGAACUCACGCGAAGUUUUCGACAUGUGACGAUACAAUCGGCUUGCUCUCUCUCGCAUUAUAUGGGAUCACUGCGAUCUGAAGCACUAAGCCAGGCCCGCUUACAGCGAAGGGAAAAUCGAGCCCCAAACUCCAGUCGGCACCCAUUGCGGACUUUGGCAUCUGGGGUCACCCUACACAGCUCCAUGGUCCAUCGUGAUCGAACUUUGCUCACCGGUUACCACGUCAGAGCCGGACAUGGCAGUCAUUUCGACGAGACGAUUGGUGGAUGCAGCCCCGGCCACGCCAGAGGGGUGCGACCAUCGAGGCCGGUCAGAAACGACGCGUUCGUGAGGUGCCUGGAAGACAGUCCCUGCGGUCGGCGAGAUGCCAUUACGCUCACUUCAGUCUCUUCCUCAGCACCAAUACUUCUAUAA